GCGGCUUUAAGUGAACAGCGCGUCAUCAAAAGGCGACAAGGCGGUCCACUGGGACAACAAACGUGAAACGUUGCUGCCACUGCUGCAAAUGAAGUGAUCUGUUUUGGACUAUUGACACAACAUCAUCAGUUGCACUUCCGGUCCAGGUCGGCCACCAAUGAAUCCAUUAAUUAGACGUAGACUGCCUCCGUCUGUGAGGAGUCUUCUGACAGACAUCGGUCCAAAGGAGGAGUGGACUGAGGCAGAGCCUGACACCGUGACCAGAGAUGGGAUUCUGCUCCCGUCCAGAGGAGCUGCUUCUGGACAAGAGGAGUUUCUCCUGCCAGCCAAAGCACAAGAGGAAGAGGCUACAGAUGAUGGGACUAACGCCAGGAGGAAUGUGGUCUGCAUGCUGUGUAAAAGUAAACCCUCUUGCUACACUUGUCCUCGGUGUAACCUGCAUUACUGCAGCUUGGCUUGCUACCAGAGCCCGGAUCACUCUGUGUGCUCUGAGGAGUUUUACAAGGAGUCUGUUCUAGAGGAGCUGAAGGAUAUGGGGAAAACAGAGUGUGAGGGGAGAAAGAAAAUGCAGGAGAUUCUUGUGGGACUCAGACAAAAGGCAGAAAGGAUGGAUGGGGGGAUGGCAAGUUUGUUGAAAGAAGCCGGUGUCGUGUCAGAUAACACAGACAGAGGAGAAGAAGAAGCAACAGAGAAAGUGCAAGUUAUGGAGCUCCUGUCCAGGUUAGCAGAGCUCCAGCAGUCCGGAAAAGGGAGUCCAUCUGAGAUUGAGACUAUUUUGAGGCAACUGAAAGAGAUUGGAGGAGGGGAGCCACUGCCUGGAGAUGUAGAUGAGGAUGCUGAAGGUGCAGAAGGGGAGCUGGACUUGGCGGAUCGGCUCUCAGGGCUGGAUAUUGACACACUUUCAGAAGAGGAGCUAUGGGAAAUCCUCAGCAGCAAAGAGAAAGAGACGUUUAUGGGUCUGAUGAAAAGUGGGGCUCUCGGCAGGUUGAUUCCCCUGUGGAAGCCAUGGUGGGAGGAGCAUGACGAGGGAGGGAGAGCACUGGUGGAGGUGCUUGUGGAGGAAGUGAGCAAAAUGGAGAGAGAACACUCAACAACUGCUGUUGAACUGGAUGUUGAUAAUAAAGUCAAGACGUCACAAGAAGUGGUUCACAAACAGGGCAAAACAGCUACAAAGGUGAGAAAGGUUAAAGGAAGAAACACAAAGGAAACAAACAAAGGCAAGGGAAGUUCAACAAUUCACACUGUGCCUCCAGUUUCUGCAAAAAUUCCAAAGUUGAGUUCCUUAUGUACAAAUCCAUCUCCCCUGAUAUGCUAUGGUUUGAUUAAUGCACUUUAUGGCUACACCUUCACUUUGUGCCUGUUUAACGGUGACACAGACUCACUGAUGUUUGAGUUUUGUGACAUGAUUCUUGCUCUGUCAGAGGCACUGAACUCAAACAGGGUGUUCAGCUCUGUCGAAGAGGCCAUAGACAGUGGAGAAACUCUCAUGUUGGGUGGAGGGUACCUUGACAAGGAGGAUCCUCUGGCCCCAGCCAGGGCAGUGGAAGCCGUGGCUCACAUCAUGACCGGUAGAGACAGAAAGGAUGCUUCAGGAUACUGCCUGGCAGCCCUGAGUCAGCUUUGCUCGGUGCUCUCUCAGGCCAGAACAGCCCUGUCUAAAGAGGGAGAAGAAGGGGCAAGGAGGCAGAAAUACUUUCUGGCAAGCAAGAAGUGUGAAUUCUUUCAAGCCUGGGUGUUGGAAAAUGCACGCCAGAUUCAUGGACUAGCUGUUGAAUUAUGGAACGAACACAGUAAAAGAGAGAGUGUAAGGAAUAGCAUGGAGAGAGCAAAGACUGUAGUUGAGGAAAAUUUGAAGAAAGGGAAGAGAAGAGGGACUAGUCAGAUGAUUGAAGAACUGAGCUGAUGGAGGCUUUGUUGAACAUGUUGAUGUUUGUUCAUAUGGUAAUAAAAAUAUAUGAAAAACCUAAA